AUGUCAUCAUCCCGAGUGUUUAUGGAUGCCGAUGUUCAGCCAAGCAAGGAUUAUCUCGAAUGGUUGGUCUCAAACUCAGAAAUUGCUAAUAGAGUUGCAGCUGAGGUUGUCACUAAGCCUGAGGCAGUGACUCUUGAGGAACUAUUCUCUUACAUCAAGCAUGAAACUUCUAAGGUUGCUUGGUUCGAAUGCACUGCAACUAUAGAUGAUGUUAUCCAGGGUUCUGCUUGGUACUACAUUUCCUGUGGUGGCUGCAAUAGUAAGGCAGUGAAAGGGCCUACUUCUCUGGUUUGCAACAAUAAGAAGGGUGAUAAAAGAGAAGUCACAGGCGUUCCUCAGUACCUGACGAAGAUUUCUGUUUAUGAUAAGAGUGAGCAAGCAGUUUUUGUCAUUCUUGGUGAUGCUGGAAAGGAGUUGACUGGCAAGCAUGCAGCAGAAUUAGUUGCAAAUUACUUUGAGUCUAAUGCUGGAGUUGGGGUUGAUCAUUGCGUGCCUGUUCCGGAUGCUUUGCUUGAGACAAUCGGGCAGACACGCAAGUUCAUCGUGAAGGUCUCGGAUCAUAAUUUGACAAGCAAGACUCAGACCAUAACUGUCACAAAGAUUAUCCCAGCAGGUGCUCCUCUUCCAUCAGUGUCUGAUGGUAUCUCAAAGACUAGGGGUGAUGACUCUGGACCUUCCGGAGGGGUUGGAGGUGAUGCAGGUGAUAGGGCUAGAAAAGCAGCUGAAUAUCUUGAGUCGGAUGAGGCCAAGCGUUCGAAGAGUGGCUAA